UGCAUACCCAAUUUAUUCAAAUAGAGUGCAAGCAAUGUUUUGUGCGCCACUUCGUUAGUUAUCCGACUGAGUCACAUCAGCUUUACGUCUCACUACAAAGGGGGAUAUCAAAAUGCUGUUGUUUGCCUUGGUGUUGAUGAUGCUAGCAACAGCUGCUGAAAGGAUUCCUGUUGAAGAAGGUCUUAAAGAUGAAACCGUGACAGCUUUCAGUUUCAUCACCCGUAACUCUAAGCCUCCUCCGGGCACAUCAACACCUGUGAAGGGAACCGUCAAGAUGAUUCAACGGGUAGGAUGUGGAAACAUCACUAUGAUGAUGGUACACAUUUCGGGUCUGACUCCUUACUCGCCGCACGGCUUCCAUAUCCAUCAGUAUGGAGACAUUUAUACCGACGGGUGUCAGAGUACCGGAGGUCAUUACAAUCCGUUUAAUCAAACCCAUGGGGCGCCUACGGACAAGAUACGUCAUGUUGGAGACUUAGGAAACCUGGAAACAGACGUGAAUGGAGAGAUUAACGCAGAGAUUGAGGACCGCUUUGUGUCCCUGGUCGGACCUUACACAGUUAUUGGAAGAGCUUUUGUGAUUCAUCAGAAACGAGAUGACCUGGGUCGAGGCACUGGACCAGCGAGAAACGAGAGCUUGAAAACUGGCAACGCGGGCGCUCGCUUGGGAUGCGGUGUCAUCAUCGAUUCAACCUUCCUUUCAAAAAUGAAGUGUUCUGUUCCUCAUUGUGGCUUGUAAUUCUUAUCUAAGCCACAAAAUAUUAAUAGACCAAUCUCGACAUAUCAAAAUUCUCAUUUUAGGGGACAAAAGGGAAAAAAUAUAUUUUUUCCUGCAACUUGGAUGUGAUUUUUUAUUUCCUGAAGCGUAAGGGCCAAGUUAGAAUUCUACUAUGUCGAAAUUAGCCAAAUUUUUUGUGGAUCAUCAAAAGAACAAUUAACUUAAAAACUGGCUGAAAUUAGUACAACAACGAAUCUCUUCUCAAGAAAGAGGUUAUUGAAGAUACAACUCCAUGGAGUUGCACGAAUAAAGAAACGUCAAUUAAUUUGA